GGUGGAUUAGAGUAAGACGAACCUGCCGAUGAAAGGAGCAUACUGUAGCUCAUAGCUAAUGUAAACCUGCAUCUUGAACCGCAAUAACAAAACAGUAUGGAAGCAGAUAAACCGGUACAAACAACAGGAGAAGAUGUCCUUGACCCAGAAGAAGAGGAGAAGAGGGCGGCAGCAGCAGCCCGUGUGGCCAACCGCCUUCCAGAGCUCCGCCUAGUUCUUCUAGGCUGGCGGUGGCCUGGGAAGAGCCUGACAGGGAACACCAUCCUGGGCCACGAGGAGUUCCGCCUGGAGCGGGCCGCCGAGUUCUGCGUCAAGCGUGAGACGGAGGUUGCAGGCCGCCGCGUGACAGUGGUGGAUACGCCCGGGUGGUUCUCGGUCCAGGACACGCCGCCCGUGUACCAGAAGGAAAUGCUCCGAGGCGCCUCCAUGUGCCUGCCGGGCCCCCACGCCUUCCUGCUCGUCAUCCCAGUGGGCAUGUUCACGGACGUGGACCGCGCCCGCAUCGAGGAGCAUGUGGGCCUGUUCGGGGAGCGGGUGUGGAGGCAGACGAUCGUGGUGUUCACCUGGGCUGAGGUCUUGAGGACCAUAUCCAUUGAGAGGCACAUCCGCAGGGAGGGCAAGGAGCUGCAGUGGGUGCUGGAGAAGUGCAAGCGGAGGUACUACGUCAUCAAUAACUACAUCUUCGGGGAGCACCCUCAGCUGCUAAAACUGAUGGAGAAGGUGGAGAAGAUGGUGGCGGAGGAGGGGGGCUUCUACAACCCCGAGGAGGCCGUGGAGGAGAAGAAGACUGUGGACCAGAACCAGAACCCUGCACUUGCGGGCCGAGAAUUAGGGGCACGGCCUAAGCAAAACUCAGCAGUGGGAUUAGCCAAAGCCAUGGAGGUGGACCCAUCCCAUAAUUCAGUGGAUGCACUGACUGACUGACUGACACACUGGCAGAAAGGCUGACUGAAUUCUGGAGUGCUUUUGGAUCACCAACAGAACUGAUUUGAAAACUGCUGAAAAUGCAUGGAUGAAUGGGAUCAUUGGAAAGUAGGCUUGAAUGUGCAAAUUGUUAUUUAUUUUGGGAGAGGGAUAAAAUGUCGAAGCAGAUGUUAGAUUUUAUGUCACGCCCUUGUGAUAGUGUCUUGGGUAACAGCUACACUUACUCACCAGUAGACCUAGUGAUUACCUCAGGGCUUUAUUGUAUAUAAGGUCAAAUACACUUUUAAAAUGUUUCUUAAACAGUUCCUUUCUGUCUGCCAUCCUUGAGGUAACGAUUGGUGAAGUCAUGUGCCCCUUCACACCAAACUGCUGCUUCCUAUGCUGUCAGGUUAGAGCUGUUCCUUUCCAGGAACGCGAGAUUGUGGUCAAACCUGAUAUUGGCCCAGGACUGCAAGACAUCCAUGAUCUGUGGGCUGGGAGUGUAAAAUGACAGUUGCUAGAUACAUCUGUCUGUGACAUCUGUGAGUGGCACUAACUGGAACUCCAAGAAAUGGAAGACUUAACAUGUCACCCCAAUGUGAACACUUCAACCUGACAUCACACUGUACUUAGUACUAUUGUAUUGCACUGCAGUUACAGUAAAACGGGGAUAGAAUACUACAAAAAAACGAUGUAGUAGUUGUAGUUUUGGGAAACAGUUGGUCAGGUUCCCUCCUAAAUUGUGACAAAUCUUAGGAAUGUGUCUUGUUUUAAAUGUAUCUUAAUAUUUAUGUGCUUAUGUUGUUCAUUGUUUCGACCCCCUUUUGACAAAAUAGCCUUUACAUAUUUAAGAAUGUUCUGGGUGUCCUUUCAGCACAGUUACCGUGUUGUACCUACAACAUAUAUUAUUUGACAAAUGUUUUAAUGAUUCCAAUGCUGUUGCAGUACUGUAUACUUAAAUACUACUGUAUAAAUAUGGCCCAAAUACUAUUCUACCUAAUGUACUCCAAAAAUAACAUUUCUAUUGCUUUCUCUAGAGCUCAUAUUCUCAGCUCGACUUGCACUUGCACAACCUAAUGUCCAAUGCUGGGUUUGGGUCAAACUCCAUUGUUUAUAUGUUGAUAUGACAUGCAAACAUAUAUUUUUAAACGAUUGGUAUUUUAAUGUAAUUUUAUAGGGCUCUGAACAGAGUUAAGCAAAUUGUAAGUACAGAGAUAUCAAUGUUACUUUUUAGGUUACUUUGAAUAAUUGAUGAAGUGGCAGUAAGGUAUAAAACUGGUCCAGGCCUGCCUAGUGACACUAUGUCUUCCUUUCAGCUGGAGCUGACUUGUUUGUAUGUGAGAACACAUUCUGUUUUAUUUUAGUAUUUCUAUUAGAGCCCCACUGUUUUUAUGUAAUCAAUUAAAGGUUUAUAUUUUCAGUUAAA